GAUGUAUAUUGUGCAGUCGUGUAUGUGUGUCACAUUUAGUGAGGUCACACUUAGCGAGCAUGCGAUUACAUUGAAUAGAAUGUAGGUGAAUUCAAAAAAAUUAAAGUAUGACAUCCAUUUAAUUGGAUACUACAAGUAAUUACGUCCAUUUCGAAGAUUAUUGCAACCUGUUAAGUUACAUAAAAUUGAUGAAAUAUGUAAAAAUAAAUCGUUAAGGUUAUGAUUGCGAUCAGUGAACAGUCUUUUGAAAAACGAGAUCAGGAUGACAUUAAAAAUGUUCGAUAAAAGUUGCUUUUAUACAAAAGUACAAAUAUAUCAGAAAGGAUAAAAGAUAUUUAAUAUGAAUAACAAAUGGAAAUUAUAAUACAUAAAAAUUGAAUUUACAUAUUAUAUAUAUUACAAUCAAAUGUAUAUGUCUUGCAUAUGCAAAAAGCUUUAUAUUUAUUUAUUGUAAAGCAUGUCUCAGACUCAACAUAUCAGGACUUGCAUAAAGACUGUUAAAAAACUGUGUCCUUUAGUGACAUUAGUAUGCACUGUGUUUGUUAUUGUUAUUACAAUUUAUAUCAACCAGAAGAUCUCUCCUAUGUUCAUCUUCCUCUGUAUGCAAGUAUAUCUGAACUGGUAUUCUGUAUACAGUAUCAGCUACAAAUCUAAUCCAAUGAAGGUCAAGGAAGUACGGAAUAAUUUGUGCGAUGUGACAACACAGAGCAAACUUGAGCUAAGUGUGACACAAUUAACAGCUCAUAACACAGCUUACAAAUUUUGGCAUUGUGAACGCUGUGAGAGUUACAUGUGCAAGCCGACGCAGCAUUGUAUCUUUUGUCGUAAAUGUUUUCACUUCAAAGAUCAUCACUGCUUCUUUUUAGGUGCUUGCGUGCUGCGUCAGAACAUGGGGAAUUUCAUAUUAUUCUGCUUUUAUACCUCAUUGACAUGUCUAUACUCCCUGUGUGUUAUCGCACCAUAUAUGUAUGAGAACAUUAAUCAUAUAGUGAAAAGUGACGCAGAUUACUUCAAUAUAUUUCUGAACUUCUGCUUUCCCAUUGCACUGGCUCGAUUGCUGCACUCUCGAGAUGGUUCUAGUAUAUUGCUCGUCACUAUUUUCGACAUGCUAAUUACAAUCUUAUGUAUCUGUUUGGUAUAUGGCAUUUGGAAGUUACAUAGUUGUUUGACUGGCAAACAACGUUAUGCAAAUAUAACGGGAAAGCAAAAUUUAAGAGAGAUUUUCGGAAGCUAUGGUCUCUCGAAUAUUAUUUUCCCAUACAAUGGUCUUAUAGGUACGAGAGAUAUUAAUGGUAAAUAUGAAUUGAAGGAAGUGUAAAACGACAUUCUAGUCAAUAAUAAUGAAUAAACGAAGAUUGUAUUCAAUACAUAUACGCUCCUUAAAUA